AUGUUUGGGGAGGAAGAGGGGGAUUUGUGCGAGUUUGCCGGCUUCGGGAACGAGUGGAAAAGUGACAACUUUCACUCGCGGGAGAAAAUACCAUUUAAUCGCGAACCUGGCAUAAAGAUAGAGCUGCCACUGCCAGAUGUUAUAACACCAGUACAGGUGUUCUCCCGUAUCUUCACGGAAGACAUGUGGAUGCGUCUUGUAACGCAAACAAAUUUAUAUGCUGAGCAAACACGGAGUGCAACUCCAUCAAACAGCAAGUGGGAGCCUGUGACGAUCGUCGAAAUGAAGACGUUCGUGGGACUUUGUCUUGCCAUGGGAAUCAUUGAACUGCCAUCGCGAAGAGACUUCUGGCGUCAAAAGAAGUGGCUUUUCAGAACAACCAUCCCACAAGCCAUGUCAAGGGACAGGUACCUCGACUACCUGAAAGAUCGUUUCCAGGAACUCUAUGAAGUGAAUGGCUUCGUGAGUGUCGAUGAGAGUAUGGUGAAAUUCAAGGGUAGACUCUCUUUCCGACAGUAUCUCCCUCUCAAACCCACCAAGUGGGGCAUCAAGGUGUGGGUCAUGGCUGAGAGCUCCACUGGCUAUGUGUCAAACUUCCAGGUCUACACUGGACGUAAGGCGGGGGGGAGUGAGAAGGGCCUUGCGCACCGUGUGGUGAUGGAUCUGGCAAGACCAUACUUUGGGUCCCAUCUCUCCAUUUAUAUGGACAAUUUUUAUUCUGGGGUGCCGCUCUUCGAAGACUUGAGUGCUCAUGGCCUGGAUGCCUGUGGGACCAUUCGGUCCAACAGGAAAGGAAUCCCCACGAAGCUUGCUGCCAUGGCCAGGCAUCAAUACACGGUGCGCCAGAAGGAUGACCUGACCUUCUGUGCCUGGCAGGACACGAAGGCCGUUUUGGUCCUGUCAAACCACCAUGCACCAACGGCAACAGGGACUGUCAAAAGGAGACAGGGAGGAGAUGUCCAGACAGAGGUCACAGUGCCAGCAUGCCUCUCCGACUAUCAGAGGAAUAUGAAGGGGGUCGAUCUGUUGGACCAGAUGGUGGGCUACUACACCAUCAAGCAUCGGUCCAAGAAAUGGUGGCGGAGGCUCUUUUUUUAUUUCCUGUCGGUCAGCUGCUACAACGCCUACAUUGUUGCCAAGAGAGCAGGAGCUAACUUCAGUGGCUACAAAGACUGGCAGGAGGACCUUGCACAGGAGCUUGUCACCCCUGUGACAGCAAGGAGUGCUCCUCAGUGCGCCACAGCACCUGUCUCAGCCUCAGCCCAGCACGACUGUGAGAAGAUCUUUGAGAAGAGAAAGAUCUGCAGGGAAUGUUCUCUGGCAAAGAAUGGCACAGACGCCCGUCCUGGUGCGACAGUUUAUGGAUGCAGGCAGUGUAAUGUGCCCCUGCAUGUUGAGUGCUUCGGAAAACAUGUCCGCCGCACUUGA